AUGGCAGCCGAAGAGGGGAAAUUGCAGCCUCGGCCCUCCGAGGCCACUCCACUUUUGCGCAAAGAAUCUCCCCAAGGCGCAGACUACCACAGCCUGAAUAGCCACAAUGUGGAGACAGGUUCGUCGUCAACGGAAUAUGACGAAGAACCGGCACUUCUCGGCCUGACGAGAGUCAGCUCGACGCCUCAAGAUCUGGAGAUUGAGCCUAUUCUCGAGAGACUGCCCUCCGUCGCGGGCUCUGUGAGCAAGGCUCAUGGCGGCGCAGGGUCUGCAUGCAGCACUGCAGACGAAGAUGAGAACUACGCCUCGCGGUUCAUCAAUGUUUCUCCCGCACGGUUCUGGUUCAUCUUCGCUGGGGUGAUGCUCGGGUAUACCAUCGGGUUCUUUGACUCGACGCUGAUGGCCUCGAGCCAUCCGGUGAUUACUUCAUAUUUCCAUGCCGCGAACACGGCGUCGUGGCUGUCAACCGCGUUUCUUCUUACGUCGACGGCGUUUCUGCCAUUGUUUGGGCGCAUCUCCGACGCAUUUGGUCGCAAGCCUGUCUACCUCUUCUCGAUCUGCAUGUUCUUUCUGACCACAGCAUGGUGCGGCCUGGCCCAGAGUAUCGGCAGCUUCAUUGCUGCGCGCGCGCUGUGCGGGCUGGGUGCCGGUGGCGUUUUCUCCAUGGGUCAGAUCGUGUCGAGUGAUCUCGUGCGACUCGAGUACCGCGGCAUCUACCAGUCCUACCUCAACUUGUGCCUGGGGAUCGGCGGCUGUUUGGGUCUAGCGUGUGGAGGCCUCCUGUGCGACCAGGUAGGGUGGCGCGGCGCAUUCCUGGUGCAGCUACCGUUCAUCCUACUGUACCUCGUGGGCGCCGCAUGGACAAUCCCAGCCGAUCUCGGGGUGAAGAGGACGGGGCCCGUGACCAUCGCACAGCUGAUCCGCAGCAUUGACCUGACAGGGUCGUUCAUCCUGGUGGUGGCGGUGACUGGGCUGAUUAUGGGGCUGAACCUGGGCGGCAACGUGUUCCCUUGGGCGCAUCCGCUGGUCAUCGGCUCGCUGGUUACAUCGUGUAUCUUAGCCGUGGUGUUUGUGCGCUAUGAGCGCCAUAUCCCCCGCGCCGUCAUGCCCGUAGAACUGCUGUCUCAUAACCCGCGCGCGAGUCUGAUCUUUGGGAACUUCUUUGGCGCCAUCUCGGUCAACACGAUGGUCUUCAAUGCCCCGCUGUAUUUCCAGGCCGUUAAGCUGGCGAGUCCCACAGACUCUGGUCUCCGCCUCGUCGCUGCCUCUGUGGCCGUGACGACAUCGAGUGUUGCAACUGGUUUCUUGAUCACCUGGUCGAAACGUCUCAAGCCCACCAUCAUUAUCGGCGGGGCCUUGAUGCUGUUCGGUGGCCUGGCCGCUGCGUACAUGGACGUUGGUACGCCCGAAGUAGUCGCUAUGGUCUGCGUCUCUUUCUCCAGUCUCGGACAGGGCUUCUCUUUCCCAUCGAUGCUGGUCUCGGUCCUAGCUACUAGUGACCAAGAAGAGCAGGCCGUGGCCACCACGACGCUGGGUCUGUGGCGGAACCUAGGCUCCGUGAUGGGCGUGUCGAUUAGCAGCUGGAUUUUUCAAAAUACUCUCUUCUAUCACUUGGAGCGGAAGGUAACCGGUGCAGAGAAAGACCAUGUUAUCGGCCUUGUUCGCAAAUCCAUCUCCGUUAUCGCAGAGUUGGAUCCGGUCCAUCGUCAUCAAGUUAUUGGAGCUUACGCCACCGCACUUCGCAUGACUUUCCUCUCGGCUGCGCUCUGGGGUGGGAUUAUGUUGUCAAUGCACCUCCGACUUCGAUUACCGCGGCUGGGGCGAAAGGCAUAA